UCUCAGCCAAUCGGGGACUUGCUGCACAGACCGACCGACCCGGGAGAUCCCAAAGGAUCUUGACACUUCAAAGCGAACUGGAGCUUAGAGAGGGGGAGUCAAGGGGCAGCUUUUAAAGGGGAAGCGACCCUGGUCGAUGCGGGAAACGGGAUCCAGGCGGGCGAAGCUAUGAAGUCCGGAGUUGAUCCCUGGAGGAGAUCCCACCUCCGGCAUAGGCGACCCUGGGCACGGGGGAAUCUCCGUUUCUGGGCUCUGCUGUCUUUGGGCCUCUGCUGCGGGAAGGUGACUGGGAUGGCAACACCUGAUCAGGUGAAACCAAUCAUCACCAUGGAGCAGUUACUGUGGGUGAGCGGCGGCGUGAUCGGGGAGGUGAACACGUUCAGGAUACCCCUCAUCGCAGCGACGCCUCGGGGCACCCUUCUGGCCUUUUCUGAGGCCCGGAAGCACUCUGCCUAUGACACCGGAGCUAAAUUUAUCGCCCUCCGCAGAUCGCAAGACAAAGGGGCCACGUGGAGCCCUACGUCGUUCAUAGUUGAUGAUGGUUCCCUGGUGGACGGUCUCAACCUUGGGGCUGUGGUGGUUGACUCAGAAGAAGACAUUGUGUUCCUGAUCUACACGCUCUGUGCCCACUACAUCCACUGCCCUGUCUCGAGCACCAUGAUCAUUCGCAGCCGUGACGAUGGGGUCACGUGGAGCGUUCCCAGGAACCUCUCUGAGGAGAUUGGCACGACCAUGUUUGCCCCGGGGCCAGGCUACGGCAUCCAAAAACGUCACGAGCCCAAGAAGGGCCGCUUGAUUGUCUGUGGCCACGGGACGAUAUCCCGGGACGGGAUCUCCUGUCUCCUUAGUGACGACCACGGCUCGACAUGGCAGUACGGGCGGCAGCCCCUGCAUGGGAUCCCUUUUGGUGGAAUCAAACUUCCCAGUGACUUCAAUCCUGAUGAAUGCCAGCCCUACGAGUUGCCAGAUGGAUCUGUGGUGAUCAAUGCCCGCAACCAGAACUUCUACCACUGCAGUUGCCGGAUUGUGGUGCACAGCUAUGAUGCCUGUGACACCCUUCCGCUGGAGAACGUGACCUUUGACCAGACGUUGGUGGACCCGGCUGUGGCUGCGGGGGCCCUCGUCAAAUCCGGCCUUGUCUUCUUCACCAACCCGGCCCACGAGAAAGAAAGGGUUAACAUGACACUGCGCUGGAGUUUCACCAAUGGCUCAUCGUGGUGGAAAGAGGCCUUGCAGAUCUGGGGGCCCGGCAUGUGGUUACUCCCUCCAUGGCCAGUUAGAAGCGGGGCGGACACCGGCUUGGCCGCCCACAGCGUCUUCGUCAUUUACGAGAAGGGCCGGGUCGAGAGCACCGAAAGCAUCUCUGUGGCCAAGAUCAGCAUCAACGGGAAGCUGUGACCGCACGGGGUAUCCUCCACCAGAUCCUCUUUCCCAUGUGCCUUUUCCACUCCUGACCCUCGGCAGGGCUAGGACAGAAGGGAAUCUGAACUGGAAGUAGGGGAGAGCCCCGCCCCCCCCAGUUCGAUGGGGAUUCUCUGACCAGGGCUGUAGGGAGGGUGAAAAAGACAUUGGCAGCUCGUGAGACCACCACCAGCAGCAGGGGGAGAAGCCAAAGGGGCUCGCGAGUCUGUCCUCCGGUGGUGCCCUCUGUUCUCUGUGGUCCUCCCUGUAGCGACGUCACGACGCUAGCCUUUCCCUCGCCCCUCCCCCAUGAUACCGAGGCGGCCAGUCUACCUCAGAAUCUCUCCUGACUUUAGAUGCUGCUAUUGAGUUUUUGGGUAGAGGGGCAGAAGCGAAGGGUGGGGCAAACGAGAGAUAAGAGGAAGACAAUCCGACGACCAGGAGCAAAUAGCUGUUCAGCCUGGAUUUGCUUAUCAUAGGUAGAAUCAAAACAGCAAGAACUCUGUGAAGAUUUGUAAUGAAUAAACUGAUUACGCACUUUUA